CAUUCCCAUUCCGCUUUUUUCUUCAUUCUCAUCUAUACGUUCAUUCCUCUUUCCUUCUCUCCAUAUAACAUCUUUUAAAACAACACAGCCCCUUUAUUGUUUUCUCUAUGCCAGCAACUGUCCCCUGUUCAGAACACUUCUCGGACCACCAGGACUGUCAAGUCCAGUCUGAUGCUGUCUCCGACCCCGAAAACACCAUACACACCCCCAGCGCCAGUGGCGGCAGCGACCUCAAAAGCUGCGAAUCCAUCCCCUCGCCCCCAAUCACGCCGGCUCUCUCCGAUACUUCUUUAUCAUCCAGCUUGUCAACAACGCCGGCCAACGAAGAUCAGCAAAUAGAGCUCCCCUUUAGGUUGGUGACUCACCCGGCUGUGGUCUAUACCUCGGAGCUGCUCUCCGAUCCUGCCUAUGUCGGUCGGAUGCAUACAGUCAAGGUCUUUGACUUUGACCAGACACUCUUCCAGUCACCGCUACCCAACCCUGCGCUUUGGGACCCGUCAUUCCUGGGAAUUUUGACCUCAUGGAAUUAUUGCGGAACGGGUUGGUGGCACAAUCCAGGCACGCUCGACUUGGGACCUGAGGUGGAGAAGUCUUGCUGGAAAGGCUGGUGGAAUGAGGAGGUUGUCAAGGAAGUUCAGGAGUCAUCAAAAGAUCCAGGAUGCUUGACGGUACUCCUUACCGGCAGAAACGGGCCAACAUUUGGACAGAAGCUGAUCGAGAUGGUACAGCGGAAAGGACUAGACUUUGAUCUCAUUGCCACCAAACCGACGACGGUAGCGCUCAUGGAGAACAAAGUACCGUUUGUGCCGACGAAAAAGUUGUUGAAGCCGGUGGAAAAGUAUCUGAAAGUGCACACCUUCAACACGAAGUACGACUUUUUGUACAACCUGCUGCUAGAGUACCCGAUGAUCCGGUCGAUGCAUCUCUGGGACGAUCGACCCUGUCAGGUGGCCAAGUUCCGACAGGUUGGACAGGAGUGGCUCGACAACAAAAUGCUGGACAACUUUGAGAUCACCGUCGUGCAGCAGGCAUUACUAUACAUGGAUCCACAGCGAGAGAUCGAGCUGGUUUUGAGCAUGGUCGAGGCGAAUAAUAGGCAGGUUGAUAUUGAGCACGCUGGAGGUCCGUUCUUGGUCGCAGGAGUGGGCGCUCUUCCCAGGACACGACCGGAGUUAAAGGACCGAAACAUCUGGGAUCCUUACGAGACGUACAUUCCACAGGCGAGACUCAAGAUCGAGAUGACUAAGAUCGUACGAUACACAGGUGUUUUGUUUUCGGAGUAUGUGCAGCGAAUCAUGUUGGAGAAGACAGGAUGUUCGAAUCAGCUCAAUCCAGCAGAGCAGUGGAUCGAGCGGCCACAGACACUGAGAGGGCAGGACUUGAGCAAAUGGGUUGUACCGGGCGAUUUGCAUGUGACACUUUGCCUGGGACCUGCGACUGAAGAGUAUCUGCAAACGAUCGGAGGGCUCGGGGCGACGGUCCUUGUCGAGGUUGAGGCACUUGGAGAGCAUGAGGGGCGGAUAUGGGCUUUGAAGGUCAAGGAGAUGAAUCCCAGCAGUUGUCAGGAACAGCAGGAUCUUCUGAUCGUGGCCCCUGAUGGAAAGACAUAUUCGAGUCUCGAUGCUCUGCGAUCAGCGUAUGCAGCUAAUGAACCAUCCGCCGCACCUAUCGACUUGAACAACUUGGGACAUGUCAUUCUGAACAGGAACGUCACACCGCACAUCACGAUGGCAUACGACCGACUCAAUGGUACUCGCGCUGUCGACUCUGGCCGGAUAACGAACUGGGAACCCUUGACGACCCCACAAGGAACACCCUACCCUCGUCGACUAGUCUUUGUAGGCACGAUUGGAGAGAAAAGACUGAUGGGCAUGAAAGCACGGAAAUUGGCGCAGCCAUCGAAAGCGGAGGUCAGUGUGGCGAACGUCAUCAAGAAUUUGCACGGAGACAAGGGUAUCUCGGGCAAGGAACUCGGGGAGAUGGUCCGGUGUGUCAAGGAGGAAAUGGAGAGGCUUUCUGUCGAGAACCGGUUGGCGAACGAGGAGAGGAUUGCGACGAUCGCGCAGGAGGUGUGCGAUCGAGUGGAAACGAAGAAAGUGGCCUCUGAAUUGUUGUCACAGCAACAUAGUCCUAAACUACAGGCAGCCUAAAGGAUGCGGGACGUCAUUCGAAGGUGUGUGUGUGUGGGGGGGGGGGAAGGAAGACCAUCACAGGAGAUCGCCACCAUAUUUUUUUAUACCGUACAACCUCGUCAUCUCUGUACUUUUAGACAUUAAUAAAUUGCACUGCAGUUGAGCAGACGAAAAAAAAUAGAAUAAAAAAUAAAAUAGGACUUAGGAC